GGACUGAGGCGCAGAAGAAAAGACGCCAGCAGGUCGCGGCAGCAUCGGGGCCGUCGAGUUUACACAAUAUGCGCGAGCAGAAGAGCAGGAAAACCGUGAUUCCCGACUUUAUUUCCGGCCUUCUCGUGUCUCCGACAGCCGCAGCAUGUAAAAACCCGACGACACGCCGCCAAACGCGAAGGCUGAGGCCGAACACUGGCUUUGUGUUUUGACCACGAGAAAUGUGGCGCUGACGAGAGGACUGACGAGACGUUUUUGUGUUUUGUUUUUAAAAAAAAAAACAAAAAAACAACAACAACAAAAAACAAAUGGAAAAGAGACACCCCGAAAUCUCUCCGUGGAUUUUACGCGGUUUUCUGCAUUGAUUCUCCUUUUUAAUCGGCGUGGAUGUUUGAAUUUUGGAUUCUCGCUUUGCGACUGUUCGAUCGCAGGAAGAACCGAGACUAAUCCCGCACUCGGCCGGGAUCACUACACUACACUACACUACACUGCCUGUCUACCUCGACAUAUUGCUUACCAGGGAUUUAAACCGUCACGUGCUAGGAACGACGAGGCUUCAUCAAAAUUAAUGCUCGCUGUCUGAUCGCGUUACGAACUCACUGGAAGAGAGCAAGAUGAGCACGGAAAGGCCGAAGAGAAAUAUCAUUCAGAAGAAAUUUGAUGAUAACGACGGGAUUCCCUGGUCAGAGGAGCGAGUUGUGCGGCGAGUGCUCUAUCUCUCGCUCAAAGAGUUCAAGAGAGCUCAGAAGAGCCGCGUAGACAAUGGAACAGGAAUUAUAAAGCGUUCCUUUGUGAACGGACAUCUCAACGGGUCAGGAGUGAAAGCGGGACUUUUCGCGAGCGGGUGCAAGGCGGAACGGCCUCGACGCUCCGCCCAGACCGACAGCGAAUUCUCAGGAGAAGGACCCGUGAGAAAGAGACCAAGGCUGCAAGCACAGAGGAAAUUUGCCCAAUCUCAGCCGAGCUCUCCUCACGCCACUCCGCUUAAACUCCUCGAGGCCGUACCACCCAGCCCUAGCCUUCCUCUCAGCGAUCUCACCAAGUGCAAACCCAAAACGGAGGACUUCCUCACCUUCCUCUGUCUAAGAGGUUCGGCUGCGUUGCCCAGUAACAUGAAGUACUUCGGGAGCGCGCACGACGACGAAGACGCUGACGGAGAAGAAGACGAAGAAGAGGAGGAGGAAGAGGAAGAGGAGGAAGAGGAGGAGGAGAACGAACGGAGGAAACCGUCUGCCGGUAACAUCGCAUCUUCCUGUCAGGUCUCUCCACGCAGGAGUAAAGCCUCGAGCAGAGUCGUCGCGAACGGAAACGUGUUUAAUGGGCAUUCCCGGCCAAGUGGGGAAAGGGAGAGAAGCCUGAGGGUCAGGGGGAAAGACCGAGUCCAAGGAAGGGAGAGGGGUUCAGAAACAACCAGGGCUUCAAGCACACACAAUCUCCGGCCCAGCAAGCCUGCACUGGAACACAAACAGCAGCCCCAUAAAGUGACCCGACCCCAGCGAGCCGCUUCAGCAAACAGUCGGAAGGCACGGAAGGAAGAUUUGCCACCGCUUCCCCUGACCAAAUCUGUGAAAUACCCCAAGGGCCAUGUGACCUACACCAAAGCCAGACUGUUGAAAGAGGCGAAGCUAGAGCUGAGUGCCCCGAGGCGGCACUUGGGUUCACAACACACCAACGCACACCUUCAGCACAAUAACUCAGGAAAAGCCCAAACUGGUCGCAGCAGGACACAAAAACAGUUGCCACCAUCAUCCACAGUCAGACGCAGUGGACUGCGACAAUCGAAGAGGCAGCUGGAGAUGGCGGUGGUUAAACCGAGCCAAGCAGGGACUGAAGUGGAGGUCAAAAGGGUAAAGGUGCAGGUCAUUCCUCUGGAUACACGGAGCAGGAGAGCAGCUCAAAAGACUUUGCAUACAGGAACAAUGGAACUGCGAGUAACGGGACCCCGGAGACCCAAACGAGCCUCUGCUGGGAAGUUACCGCUCGUCAAACGGACGCAGUGUAAAGCCACAUCUCGGGGCAAGAGCAGCUCCGCUACCUCAGCUCAUCAUCACCACAGGGACGUCCUGAAGCCAGCCACGAUUGCCAAACCAGCCAGGCCUCUGAGGCCCAGCGAGCCUAUCAAAACAAACAAUCCUACUGACCCUAGUGACUCACUUAACUUAGCCAAAUCUCCUAAACCAGCAGAGCCCAAAGUUGGUCAGGACAAGGAGCGAGGCAAAUGUGGCGUUGUACCCGAGAUGACAGAGGUUCCUGUGUUCCAUCCAAGCCCACGUGAAUUCCACGACCCUUUGGUGUACGUGGAGCUGGUACGAGAGCGGGCCGAGCCCUUUGGCCUCUUUCGUGUGGUUCCACCAGCUGGGUGGCGGCCUGAGUGCAAGCUGAAAGAGGAGAUGCGUUUUGUCUCACAUGUGCAACAUGUGCACAAACUGGGCCGACGCUGGGGCCCUAACGUGCAGCGAAUUGCCUGCAUCAAGAAACACCUGCGUGCUCAAGGCAUCAACAUGGAGGAGCCACCAUUAAUCGGUGGCUGUGAAUUGGACUUAGCCCGAUUCUUUCAGCUCCUGAAUGACAUGGGUGGCAUGCAGCAAGUGACAGACCUGAAGACGUGGGGCCGUCUCGCUGACCUGCUGGGCAUCCCACGCUCCGCACAGGACCGGCUCGCUAAACUGCAGGAGGCCUACUGCCAAUACCUGCUGUCUUAUGACUCACUGUCUCUGGCACAGCGGGCACAGCUGGAGAAGGACGUGCUGGCCGAGAAAGAGAGCCUGGAGAGGAGACACGGGCCCCUGGAGGGACAGGCAGACACAUUGCAACAUGCUGCACUGCUCCUACCACGCUGCGAACCCAAGAACGGCCUGGUGAACGGUGCUCUUCACCGGAGCGGUGUGCGAGAGCGCCUCCGAGAGCUUGACCCCAUGGGCAGGAAUGGCCGCCUGGGACGGCAGGAGAGAAAAGAAGGUGGCAUACUGACUGAGCUGCACAAAUGCAUAUACAAGGGGAAAUCGUUCUCUCUAACAACUUUCUACCGGGCAGCCAGGAAUACCAUGAAUAUGUGCUUCAGCCAGGAGCCAGACACAGCUGAAGUAGAGCAAGAGUACUGGAGACUUGUAGAAGAAAAAGAAUGCCAUGUUGCAGUGCAUUGUGGGCGAGUGGAUUCAAAGACUCACGGGAGUGGAUUUCCUGUGAGCAAGUCUGAGCCAUUUUCAAAGCAUGGAUGGAAUCUUACUGUGCUUUCCAAUAACUCAGGAUCCAUCUUGCGUCACCUUGGUGCUGUGCCAGGAGUGACCAUCCCCUGGCUGAAUAUAGGCAUGGUGUUUUCUACCUCAUGUUGGUCCAGGGACCAGAACAGCCUUCCAUACAUAGAUUAUCUACACACUGGUGCUGAUUGCAUUUGGUACUGUAUUCCUGCCGAUGAGAUGUCAAAACUUGACAAGGUAGUUCACACACUGCUGCAGGCCAACGGAACCCCCGGGCUCGAGAUGCUGGAGAAGAACAUUAUGAUCUCUCCAGAGGUGCUACGUCGAGAAGGGGUGAAGGUGCACCGGACGGUGCAGAAGAGCGGCCAGUUCAUGGUGUGUUUCCCUGGGACCUUCGUGUCCAAGGUGUGUUGUGGCUAUAGUGUGUCUGAGACAGUGCAUUUUGCCACAGCUGAGUGGAUGAAGUUGGGCUAUGAGGCAGCGAAGGACUUGAAGAGAAGGCGCAUAGAGGAACCGUUUUCCACGGAGAAACUGCUCUGCCAGAUCGUCAUGUCUGAACCAAGACAGGAAAACAAGCAUCUUCUGAACACAGCUUCCUCGCUUGUUGUAGAUCUCAGGGACACGGAGAUAAGCCAGCGGCGGCAGCUUUUCAAUGCCGGACUCAGGCUGUCUGCCCGUUACGGAAACCAGCCUGAUGGGCAGUUCCCCACAGAGAGGAAGAAAAUGCACCGCACCAGACUGAGCGAAGACAUGGCUGACCGACGCUGCCAGGUGUGCCAGCACCUCUGCUACCUCUCCAUGGUGGUUCAUGAAAAUGAUAACGUCGUGUUCUGCCUGGAGUGCGCGCUUCGCUACAUUCAGAAGCGCAGGUCCCCUCGAGGUCUGAAAAUGAUGUUUCGUUACACUGAGGAGCAGCUCGGCAGUCUGGUAAAUCAGGUGUGCGGGAAAACGUCCGAAAGGGCUGGGGAGAAGCGGAAAGCGGCUCAUCCCAACACGCCACCAGCAAAACGGAGUCCCCGGAACAAGAGCCCGAACCAGAGCUCGCUCUCACGCCCAGCCUCCAAAAACACCAAACUGUCCUGACCAAACCGUUCAACCAUUCCCUCGUUCCUGACGUCACACUCCGCGCCGGCUCUGCAGUUCACUCCGGUUCCAUUUCACUUGGCAUGCCCCUACGACGUCCGUACCAUCACGCUGGAAAGAUCCUAAAAACACUCCUACAAGUGUAACAUGUUAUACGGGGCACUUUUUAUACUAGGUUUGCAUCGUUACUAGCAGGAGGCAUUAAAACGGACUGAAUGUAUGGGAAGUAAACACACACACACACACACACACACACACACACACACUAAGUACUAAGUAGUAAGGAACACAGUUGUUAGGGACAUCUGAGCCAGACUGAGGAGCUCGAUCUCACACACACAAAUCUUUUUGCACUAGUACUGAGGUUGCGUUGUUUUGUUUUUGUUUGUUUUUUUUUUUAAGAGUAUUUUUGAGUUGUUUCAGCGUUCAAUUUAAAUAUAAAUAUACAUAAAUAUGAAUAUAUCCUAUACUGUACCAUUUGUGUUGAACUGGUGCUGUAGUGUCAAAUCUUCCAUAAUGCCUUCCAGGCUGUUUCUCUUGCUCUCACCCCAUGUGGAUAGUUUUAUUUAAGAUAUCCGAGACGCGUAUGCUCAAAGCCCUCCUCUUAAUGUCCGACGCGAUAAACACUAACCGUUAGCAGCUGAAAUACUGAGAGAGAGAGAUAGAAACGCUCUUAACUCUAACCCUCCCCCUCCCCCGUGGUGCGAUUCUCAUCUCGUUAGCGGAUUGUUUUGUUUUUUUUGUACUGCACGUUCCCUGCAGGGCGACUCCAAGGCCUCGCGAAUGCAUCUCGGACUCCUUUUUCCGAAACGAGCCACUCUGAUGAUAUAGCCGUAUUCAAAGCCGACGCCCGGAGCAGUCUGUACCUGUAUUUGAAGCAAUUCGAGCUGUUGAAAUAGUUACGCACUUUCCCUUUUCACCAUUAAGUCUUGUUCCUCUGGUUCAGCCUUUGUGAUUGGUGAUUAGCGUGUGCCCCCCCCCCCCCCCCCCCCCCCGUUUACCAUGUAGAAUACUCCCUCCUUUACAAAGAUUAUGCUUUUGUUUACAUAGAAUAAAUAUUAUAACAUUAGAGUCUAAUACAGAUGUCUCAAAACGUUUAUAUGCCAGUCAAUCUCGUCACCUAAAACGAAGCCUUUUGACAGAAAGGCGUAGGAAGAGUUUGGAUGAGGAAACCACGAUGAAGAAAAAGCCUUAUUCCCCUGUCGCUUUCUUCGCCUCUACGAGUUUAGAUGUUCACAGGGUUGCUGUUGUAACAUAUGGGUGGGGGGGAAAGUGCUGCUUAAUCACUGAAUAACUCCGUAAUAGUGGUGAGCCCUAGUUUUUUAGCUUUACUUUUUUAUUCAAAAGGGGGGGGGGACACCGCCCCCCCUCCAAACUUUUACCAUGUAGUAGCUUACCAUAAUGCACUAACUGUAAUGAAGUCCCGUAGUCCUGCCUAGUCGUGCCCCUCUUCCAAAAGACUGGUGUUUGAGCAUAGUAUAACUGAACAGUGUUUCAAAACAAAUGUGGUUGUAAACUUUUAUUUUUUUCUUUCUUUCUUUCUUUCUUUCUUUUUUUUUUUUUUUUUAAUGGCCUUAAAAUGUUUCCACUCACUUUUCCCUGUUUUCUACCGUUUAAAAAUUCUUGCUCGGCUUACUUUUUAAUUUAUAAGCGUCGACUGAUCCUCGGUCUUCAAUCUUCUGGUGUUGUUUUGGUUACUGGCCUUUUUUUACUUUUCAGGUUUGUAUAAUUUUGUUGUAAUAAACGAAUCACUGUCGAUCCUUCAA